AUGGACGCCUUUGUGGCCAAAUACUGGUACAACCCCGCCCUCGCGGGCCAGCAGAAACUCAGCUCCAACUCGUAUUUCGACGUGCUUUCCACACAGCGGGACCGGCGGCAAAUCGGCAGGGAAAACGCCACGCUUGUGAUGCUUGUCCGCAACUCCGAAUUGAAAGGCGCCCUUCAGUCGAUGCGCUCGCUCGAGGACCGCUUCAACCGCGACUAUAAAUACCCGUGGGUAUUUCUCAACGACGUGCCCUUCGACGAGGAUUUCAUGGACCAGACCACGGCCAUGGCUAGUGGCGAGACGUUCUACGAGCUUGUGCCGCCGGAGGACUGGAACCCGCCUCCCCACAUAGACCGCCGCAGACUAGACGACAACAUCGCCAACUCGCAGCACAUCAUCUACGGCUUCUCCAAGUCGUACCGCAACAUGUGCCAUUUCAACUCGGGCUACUUCUACAGACAAAAGCGGCUCCUCGACUACGAGUGGUACUUCCGCGUGGAGCCGGAUGUGGAGUACAUGUGUGACUUCAUGUACGACCCGUUCGAGCUUCUCCGCACCAACAACAAGACCUACGGAUUCACCAUCACCAUUCCAGAGUACCAGGAUACAAUCCCCACGCUCUGGGACACCGUGGAGGACUUCAUCUCCAAGUUCCCGCAGCACCUCCACCCCAACAACGCCUACGACUUCCUCACCACCAACGACUCGGACGUGUUUUUCCACACACACGCACACUCCGACUCCAAGUACAACAUGUGCCACUUCUGGUCCAACUUCGAGGUCGGAAACUUGGACUUUUUCCGGGGCGAGGCCUACGGGGCGUACUUCGAUCACUUGGAUCAGGCGGGCGGCUUCUACUACGAGAGGUGGGGGGACGCACCCGUGCAUUCCAUCGGCCUAGCGUUGCUUUUGGACCGGGACGCCAUCCACCAUUUCGAGGACAUUGGCUACUAUCACGCGCCUUACAUGGCGUGCCCCCAAUCGCGCGAGGUGCAGAGUGUGAAACGGUGUAUCUGCCGCAAAUUCGACGAAAAUGGCGAGCACAAGGGUGUGGACGUGAUGCCCCCCAGCUGCUUGCCCCGGUGGUGGCGGUACGGGGGCGGCAAGAAAUUCCUCAAUGAAAAUGACUACUCGUUCUAG